UAGAGAAAUCGCUGCUUUGGAUCAGCGAAAAUGGCUUAAGCUGGAUCAGCAAAUUGGCUGGAGUACGCUGGAUGGGUUCCCAUCGAAAGUCAGUCAGUUGUGCUUUCACGAUGACGGCGAUCAACACGUUAGUGACGAUGUGGCGGUUCCUGCUGACCCUUGGUCCCUCGGCCAUGAUCAUCCUGCUCCUCAACAAGGGAAUCCUCGAGCAGCGGUUGGAUAUUGUGGACGAGGCGCACCGUGUCCGUUCGAUUCACAUCGAAGAUCUGCGGGAAUCCUACGAUUUUAUUGUGAUUGGCGGCGGAUCGGCGGGCUGUGUUUUGGCCGCCAGACUCUCGGAAAAUCCGGAAUGGAAUGUUUUGCUUUUGGAGGCUGGCGGGGAUGAGCCCCUGCUCGUCGAUCUACCGCAAUUGUACCCGGUAUUCCAGCGGAGUCCUUGGGAUUGGAAGUAUCUGACGGAGCCCUCGGAUCGCUAUUGUCUGGCCAUGGAGGACCAGCGUUGCUUUUGGCCCAGGGGCAAGGUGCUGGGGGGCUGCAGCUCCAUCAAUGCCAUGAUGUAUAUCCGGGGAAAUAGGCGGGACUACGAUCACUGGUCGGAACUGGGUAAUCCUGGCUGGGACUAUGCCAACGUGCUGCAUUAUUUCCGCAAAACAGAGGACAUGCGGGUUCCUGGCUAUGAACAUAAUCCAUAUCAUGGACAUGGCGGCCCCAUUACCGUGGAAAGAUAUAGGUCCCCCUCACCCCUUUUGGAUAUUUUCAUGAGGGCUGCCCAAGAACUGGGCAUGGUCCAUCCCGAUGGAGAUUUCAAUGGUCGAACUCAGACUGGAUUUGCCCCGCCACAUGGAACUUUACGGGAUGGCCUGCGCUGCAGUGCCAAUAAGGGAUACAUUCGACGAAGUUGGCAGCGUCCCAAUUUGCAUAUUGUGCUAAAUGCCUUCGUGGAGCGACUCCUGAUUGAUCCGCAAUCCCAUCGAGCCAUUGGAGUGCUCUUCGAAUAUGGUCUGCUCAAGCAUUCGGUGGGUGCCGAAAGGGAGGUGAUCCUUGCGGCCGGCUCCUUGGCCAGUCCGCAACUGCUGAUGGUCAGUGGUGUUGGUCCCCGGGAGCAAUUGGAACCACUGGGCAUUCCGGUGGUGCAGCACUUACCUGGAGUGGGUGGCAAUCUACAGGAUCACAUCUCGACUACUGGAGCUGUAUUCACCUUCGACAGUCGCCAGAAUCGUCAUAUGUCCUUCAUUGUCCCCGAAAUGUUGAAUGAAGAGGCGGUGGAGGAGUUUCUUCAGGGAAACGAUAGCUUCUUCUAUGCCAUGCCCGUGAGUGAGGUUAUGGGUUUCUUCAGUACUCGGUAUCAGGAUCCCCGAUUGGAUUGGCCCGAUGUCCAGCUCUUCAUGGGCAGCUAUGCCUAUGGGGCCGAUGGCGGGAUUGUGGGUCGCCGGGGAGCUGCCAUCACAUUGGAUAACUACGCGGAGACCUUUGAGCCGUUGAUCUACCAGGAUUCCUUUGUGAUAGCCCCCCUGCUGAUGCGUCCACGCUCCAGGGGAUUCCUGCAGUUACGCUCUGCGGAUCCUAAGGUUCAUCCCCGCAUCCAUGCCAACUACUAUGAUGAUCCGCGCGACAUGGCCAUAAUGGUGGAGGGUCUCAAGAUGGCCCAUCGUCUGAGCCAAACGCCGGUGAUGCAAUCCCUAAAUGCCACCAUGAAUAUCUACGAGUGGCGCAAUUGCCCGGAGGUUGAGUACCUCAGCGAUGCCUUCUGGGAGUGCUUGGCGAGAUUCUACUCCCAGACGAUCUACCACCCGGUGGGCACCUGCAAAAUGGCCCCCGAUUCGGAUCCCGGCGGUGUCGUGGAUCCCCGACUGAGGGUCAGAGGAAUGCGGGGACUCAGGGUCAUCGAUGCCAGCAUAAUGCCCACUAUUCCCACGGGCAAUACAAAUGCUCCGACUUUAAUGCUGGCGGAAAGGGGAGCGGAUAUCAUCAAGGAGGAUUGGCGCCACUACAGAGAUGGCGGCUGGAGUUAGGUACCAUUGUAUUACACCUUUUGUACCAUAAUUUAAGAACAAUUUAACAGCAAUAAACUAAUUUGUACACAGAAUAUAUGGCAUGUGAUUUCUCUACCUUAAUAUGGCACAUAUCUUUUCACUUGGCUUCUGAAAAUACCAUUUUUUAAAUCUAUUUAAACAAAAUAAAUUGACAGUGCGAUACUGUAUUGAACAUUCUUUGUUCCUUAUCUAGAUUGAAAAAAAAUAUUUUGUAUAGAAAAUAUAUGGCGUGUGACUUCUCCAUUCAUAGCUUCUCACUUAGCUUCUGAAAUUACUAUUAUUUUUCUUACACAAAGGUAGUAUUUUAAUAUGUUUACUACCUAGCUUUAAGCAAGCGGUUUAGUCUUCAAAUCAAUAAGCUGAAUGAGGUGCAUGAUAUAAGCCCUCAUAAGCCUUCUUUUCUUUAAAUGCGACUUAUAGCUUUACUUAUCUACAUUUAACAAGAAUACUUUUCAAUAACAAUUCUUAAUUUCAUUUUAUUUCAAGCGCAUGUAACUCAUGCAACAUAAAAACCUUUAUAAAUAAACAUUUCGUUUUAAAUAAAGUAGUAUAUAAAGUAUAAAAUGCAUACUUGGCUAAUGGGACGCAUACUCUUUAUGGCAUUGAAUUGGAUUGAAUGCCUGGGAGUCAACGAAUUCCAGCACUGUGAUUAUCAAUCCAUAUAUCAAUUGGAAUUAGCAAACUGCCUAACCAUAUAAUGGGGGGAACUAUAUAGCCAUUGUUGCCAUUCCCCGGGUCAGCUAAUUUGCUUUGGUAAUGAUCUUGGCAUUCAUUUGACUCUUGUUGCAGUUGUCAGUUUCCCAUUUUCAAUUCAAUUCAGUUUAAUUUUCAUUUAUGCUUUUUUCUCUAUUUCUAACAGCGAAAACUUGAUACAAACAUUUCCCAGCGCUAUGAACUUUUGCAGUUUUGUAGCGAUUAUUUUUGAUUUCGUAGUCAGUAACUUAUUUAUUAGAGUAUAUUCGUUUUAUAAGCUUUUUGUGACUGCACAUUAAUAUUGAUUUAUAAUUU